AUGAUGGAAGUUGGUCAGACAUUUACCUCAUAUUUUGAUUUUCAAAAUAAUUUUGAGGAAUAUAAAAAAACUUUUUUUUGUGAUUUUGCGAUUUCGGAUUGUCGAACUUUAAAUGUAGCUCGAAAAAAAUAUCCGCAAAAAUUAAAAAAUACUCCGGACUCGUUAAAAUAUUAUUUUGUAAAAUUUAAAUGUGUUCAUGGAGGAGUUUACAAGAAGUGUUCUAACAACGAACAGCAACGAUCCACAUCUACUAUGAAGCAAAAUUGUCCAGCAUUCAUUUAUGUAACAGUAACCAGUGAUGGUACAAAAUUAGAAAUUGCACGUAUGGAUGAAUGCCAUAACCAUGCUAUGUCUUCAAUGUUGUUUUCUAAUCUACCCAAUCAGCGCCGAUUAGCUCCUCAGACCAAAUCUGAAGUAAUUGAAUUGAUGGAUUUGAAAGCUAAUAAGAAGUUAAUUCAAUCAAAAAUCCAUGCCGAAACUGGAAAAAAAGUUACUCUUAAAGAUUUAUCAAAUAUAAAUAGCACAGAAAAACUAAAGCACAGACCAAAAAAUUUUGAGGAAACAAUCGAAGAGGUUAAAAAUACGUAUAAAUGUACGAUUGAAUUGCUAGUGCAUAAUGAUGGGACUUUAUUGGGAUUGUUCCUUCAAGACUCAAGAAUGAAAAUAGAAUUUGAAAAUUUUCCUGAGAUGGUUUGUGCUGAUGCAACUUAUAAAUUGAUAGAUUUGAAAAUACCAUUGUAUGUCCUGCUAGUUGAAGAUGGUAAUGGCCAGAGUGAAGUAGCAGCCCUUGGCCUAUUAGUAAAUGAAGAAAAGGAGACGUUAGCAUGGUUUUUUAAAAAAUUCAAAGAACUAAAUCCUGCCAGUAUAAACACUAGAGUGUUUAUCACGGACAAGGACAUGAAGGAGCGGACUGUCCUAAAAAGUCUGUUUCCUGAAUCGUUCAUGGUAAUAUGUUUGUUUCAUACACUGAGGACAUUCAACAGGGAAAUAACAUGUGAUAAAUUGGGAAUCACACCCGAUCAAAGAGAUAUGUCUAAGCGCAUAUUUGAAAAACUAUGCUACUCUAAAAAUGAAACAGAGUACAUGCAAAUAUAUACAGAUUUUAUUAACUCUGAAUUAACUCCUCAUCAAGUAGUAGCAUAUUUCAAUAAAAAUUGGCACAACAUCCGCGAACAAUGGGUAACUGGUUUAACGAGUGAGUCUGGAAACUUUUUAAACUCAACCAAUAAUAGACUAGAAAGUUUCAAUUCAAAACUUAAAUCAGUAAUUCCAGUGUAUUCAAAUCUGACAGAGUUUUUUAGAAAACUUUUUAUUAUUUUAAAAUGUAUUCGGUCGGAACGGGAUCACUGUGCAAUGAAAGUAAUUCAAAAAAUACCAACAACAAUAUUUCAAAACUUAGAUGAAGAAAAAUAUUAUAAACUUCUUACUCCUUACGCAUUUAAUUUCAUAAAAAAAAAUUUAUUUUGCCCAACAAAGUUUUUGUUUUUAUUGUAA